GAGUUGACUUAUAAGCAAGAUAUAAAUUUGAAAAAUGUCAAGGGACUGUUUUAUCCACUGCACCCAUUUCAGUUUUGUAAGAAACUGUUAAUGCAGGUUGAGGAACGCAGGUUAAACACAAAAUGACCACCAGUCAGUGUCUGGAUCCAGGUCCUUGUUACAUCCAUGAAGAUGAUUACAUGGUAUGUCUUCCACCCGGCCAAUCAGAGGAGAAGCCCCAGUGUGUUCUUCAGGCCCCGAAGCCUCUACCCAAGACCAGUCACUCCAGAGAUGUAAAACGUAGGUGUGUUAAAUUCAUUGUGGUUGCUGUGAUCUUUCUUCUGCUGGCUGGAACCCUCCUCGCUUAUUACUUCUCCUCGUCAUGCAUGCACGGAAUGCAGUGUGGUGAUGGGAGAUGUGUGUGGGAGUCCCAGUGGUGUGACGGAGUGAUGGACUGUCAAGGAGGCCAGGAUGAAGCAAACUGCGUGAGGACAUACGGUUCCAGUUUCCUGCUCCAGGUCUACUCAGCUCAGGUGAAAAGCUGGAGGACUGUUUGUUCUCACGGCUGGACCGACCAGCAGGGCAGAGCGAGCUGCCACACCAUGGGAUACAGCAGGGGCACAUAUUUUAAAUCAGGCCAACAGAAGACAGACUCUGAUGAUGGAUUCUUAAUAGUCAAGUCUGACUUCAACCCUGAGGUGUUCAUACUACAACAGCUUAUGUUCAGAAAUACCUGUCCCAACAGCAGUGUGGUGACAUUGCGUUGUACUGACUGCGGGAGAGGCAUGAACACCAGCAGGGCCUCUAGGGGCCAGAUGGCCUCCCCAGGGUCCUGGCCGUGGCAGGUCAGCCUGCAAGUCGCAGGUUUCCACCGCUGUGGAGGAGCCAUCAUCUCCACCUCCUGGAUAGUCACUACGGCUCACUGUGUGGCCUGGGCCAGCAGCCCUGGAGACUGGGCAGUGUAUGCUGGGAUAGUGGACCCGUUAGAUACUCUGUUUAACCCAGUUUAUUCUGUCAGCCGCAUAAUUGCACAUGAAGGCUACAACAGCUUCACUCUCAAGAAUGACAUUGCUCUGAUGAAGCUCACCAAACCUGUGGAUAUCACAGUGUCCAGUAACAUCAGGCCUGUGUGCCUCCCCAACGUUGGUUUAAACAUCUCAGUUCCUCAGAAGGCCUGGAAAACACAGUUUGACUGCAGAGUAAAUGGAGACUCUGGCUCUCUGUACCUGACCAGGGCUCAGGUUUCUCUCGUACAUGCUGCAGACUGCAACAGCAUCAUCAUUUUCAAUGGUGGGAUAUCACAGGACAUGAUGUGUGCCAGAGAGAUGGAGUCAACAGCAAACACCUGCCAGGCUGACAGCGGUGGCCCUCUGGUGACCCAGAAGGGGAGGCUGUGGUGGCUCAUAGGGGACAAUAUCUGGGGAGGACAGCGUCACGAGCAGAGUAAACCAGGUGUUUAUGGCAACAUCACCUAUUUUCUGGAUUGGAUCUUCUGUCAGAUGAAGAAGCAUCAAGAUGACUGAUGACAGGACUGAAGAUGAAAGUCUCAUGCUCUGCACCUCGUGCAACUUUGACUUGACCGUGCUUUUUUCAUUAGUCUGUUAUUUGAAUACUGAAAUGCAGCCCUCGUAAUACACAAUGUAAUUUUAACUGAGUUAAAGAAAUAAGCUCAAACGAUUUCAUUUUCACUUGUUUUUCCAUUCAGUUAUAUUCUUCUGUGUAAAACACAAAAUGUACAAGGUGUCGCAAAGGACAACAAAUAUUUAUUCAUGUUAAAUUACUUACAUCUUUGAUUUGAUUUGAUUAGAAGUAGUUUUAUUUUAUUUAAGGCAAUUUUGGCACAAACACAUUUAGAAAUAGAACAUUCAAAGAUUUAAUUGUACUUUGA